AUGUCGUUCCAGGACCCCAAGAAGACCGGCCAGGCCGAUGCCCCCAAGAUCCACAAGAUCCGCAUCACCCUCACCUCUCGCAAGGUUCAGUCCCUCGAGAAGGUCUGCACCGAGCUCAUCGACCGCGCAAAGUCGAAGGACCUCCGUGUCAAGGGCCCCGUCCGUCUCCCCACCAAGAACCUCAAGAUCACCACCCGCAAGACCCNNCCCUGUGCCNUUAACGCCCCUACUGAGGUCGUCAAGCAGAUCAUCAUCAACAUCGAGGCCGGUGUUGAGGUUGAGGUCACCAUUGCCGCUUAA